GGGCACGACUAGGACCCGCGGCCUCAUCGCUGGGACCUCACUCACUACGGACGCCCUCCUCCUCGACUACAAGUCCCAUCCCUCUGACCGUGGCUAUCCCCAUGGAAGGACGCCCUUUGAAAGAUUUAUAUACAUUUUCAAUGCAACUUCAAAAUCAAAGAAAUCACAUCACAGUGUUUCGAUCUUCCACAAGUACAAAACAAUAAUGGAAUACCAAAGGUAUCAACAUUAAAUAAACCAUUAACAAUCAUAAAAAGGCAUAGAUAUACACACAGUUUACAAAGCAAUGAGCCUCCCCCUGCCUAUCAACCUUAUUCUCAAGGGUCAUGAACCCACGACAGUCUCGCUCCUCCAGUCCUGAAGGUGGCGACAGAGCUGGCAUGGUAAACCCUCUCUUGUUUGCUUGUUUUCCUACACCAGUUGUUUGGCAUUCUAGAUAUUCGGUGUGAACCUGAACGUUUGGUGAAGGUUGGGAAGAAAUGUAUCCUUCAAACAUGUCUAAAAUUGACGAGAUCAGGGUAUAUGUUAACGAACGACUGCGCUCCGCCGCGGUGGAGAUCCUUGGUGUGAUCGAGAAGACGAUAACGGACUAUGAGGACCAGGCGUCGCAUCUGAAGCGAGAGGCGGACCGUCAACGCAACCUCCUGGAUAUUGUUUUGAGACCAAAGUUGCCAGAAAAUGUUCCCUUCCAGCCCGCUGCCACCAACGCACAACAACCAGAACCUGGAUUCAUGUGUCAGCCUCUCCCAGUCCGAAACCCCAGCGGAUCCAGCGAGCCCCUAUGUGCGUUUACGUCACGCGAAGAGUUCCUGAAGUUUGCUUCUGUGGGCUAUUGUCCGUACUGCUGCAAGGCCACAGAAGCCAGUGAAAUCCAUCUGAUCAAGAGGCACUAUUUAUUUGCCAUUCAUUACACUGACAAAGACGUUGAAAGGUUCACUGUGCCGUGUACCUGUAAGGAGAGGAUUAAGGGACGGAGUCACUGGCACUGUCCAGAUUGUGGAAAGACCAUUUAUCGAAAGAACAACUUUGAGAUGCAUCUCUCUAAACAACAUGGUCAUCUGUUACUGCAGCAAAGCCAAGAUCCAGAAGCGCUCCAGGCCUUCGCCCCGUUUGGAGAGGAGGACGGCCCACCGGAGGAGUGGCUCUGGCCCGGGUUCAACAGCCUGGACCCGGAGGGGGGCGAGGAGGAGCCCCCCGCGCCGCCCCGCAUCAAGGAGGAGCAGGAGCCGCUGUGGAUCGGCCUGGAGGGGGGCCGGGAGCUCACAGUGCCUCCUGCAUGGCCCUGCAGAACACCCCAAGAGGAGCUGGAGAAGCUCCAGGUCAAGAAGGAGGAAGAGGAGCGGAACGAGUGGGGCUGUGAAGAGGAGGAGGAGGAGGCGGGAGGGCUACCCCGCGGUCCGCACGACUCCAUGGCAACGGUCGGCCACGUUAAGGCCUUCCAUCGGGACCUCGCUCUGACCUCCUCCUCCUCCAGCUUUGGAAACACCCAGAGUGAGGUGGAGAGCGGGCAGAGGGACGCCUUCGCCACCACGUCCUCCAUGCUGCCCCAAGUGGACGCACACCUGGGAGGGGGAUCCACUGGGAUGAUGGAGCUAGCCCACGCCUGGCCGCAGCCCCACGACGACUGUUCCCUAGGCAACUACAAAGACCCAAUGGGGGGCCAGAGAGAGGGGGGCGGGGAAUGGUUGGGGGUAAAGACGCCGCGGCCCAAGAGGUCGAGGCACGGGAAAACCAACGGUUCUCACGCCGGGUUCAGGUGGAGGAGGCCGGGGAGGUUCUCCCCUUUCCAGAGCCCGAGAGGCCCCCAUCGAUGUAAACUGUGUGGGAAGGCCUUCUACUGCGUCUUGACCCUGCUGAAGCACGCGCAGACACACGCGCAGGACGCGGGAUGUGUGUGCGUGGUGUGUGGAAAACAUUCAGAGUCCAAGGAGGGCUUGCUCCAACACCUACAAACUCACAAAGAGAACUUCAAGACAUUUUAGUUUAGGUGAAUGCUUUCUGACGAUAAAAGAGGAGGCAAGUUUUGUAGUCUUGGUGUUCAAAACAGAUAUUUAUGCAGAUGAAUUAGCUAAACUAUGAUUUAGUAUAGGUUCUAUUCUAUGGGUUUGGUUACAACGUUGAUCAGGUAUCGGUGGUGUUGAACAAGUUUGAGCAUUGAUUCAGUAUAAUAGUUAAGCACAUAUAAAAUGCAGUCUUUGUAGAACACAACAUACUCUUGAAAACAAAACUCUGCUCCAUUAUAUCAUCCAAUCACAGCUCUUUAAAACUGGAUCAUACUGGAAACUGCUGUCAGUUCCUACUUGCUAACAAAGAUUUCAACAGUUUCUUGCUAUUAUUUUUUUAUAAGCAUGUGCUGAUAAAUUAAAAAGUACUUUCCAAAUGUGUUUGAUUACCUCAGUGACAUUAAUAGACAAAUCCUUUUUAUACCAUUGGUCUAAUUUCUAAAUGAAUUUUUUUCAGAAUACUUACUCUAACUGCAAUUAAUAAAAUUGGUAAAACACAAUA